UCCAAAGACGGCCUCUCGGGGCAGUAUAGUCACGUCCCGGUGUUUACAAGGAGCGAAGAAGAAGUGUCGCCAGAUCCCGGAAGUGGACGUCCAAAGAGUGGCUGUCGGCACAUUUUGGCGUCUAAAAGUCAUGGCGGAGCCCAGAGUAUCCUCCAUCGAUGGCAAGCUCGCCGAAGAGUUCGCCGCUCCCUCCCACGUGGACGAGGUCAAGGAAAAGAUGGCCACCUUUGCCCGGCGUCACGCCGAGGCCGGCCGCCGUGUGGUUCUCAUCACCUCAGGGGGCACCAAAGUCCCCCUGGAGUCGCGCACCGUUCGAUUCCUGGACAACUUCAGCAGCGGCAAGAGGGGCGCGUCAUCGGCGGAGUAUUUCCUGGACGCCGGCUAUGCGGUCAUCUUCCUGCACAGGCAUCGCUCCCUCCAUCCGUACAGCCGCACGUUCUCCGCCGUCAACAUGCUGGACACCCUGCAGUUCAACGCGGGCGAGGUGGUGGUGAACCAGCAGGUGCUCCCGAACAUUGCCAAAGUGCUGAAGCGCUACCGUGAAGUAACAGACGGGAAGCUCCUUCUCCCCGUCGACUUCAACACCCUGUCGGAGUAUCUGCACCUGCUCAAAGCUGCAGCGCAGGCCCUCAGCACUAUAGGAUCCAAGGCUAUGUUUUACCUGGCGGCGGCCGUGUCGGAUUUCUACAUCCCGGCAUCUGAAAUGCCCGAGCACAAAAUUCAGUCUUCGAAUGGACCUCUUCAACUGACCAUGAAUAUGGUCCCUAAAAUCCUGUCCCCGCUGGUGAAGGACUGGGCACCCAAGGCCUUCGUCAUAUCCUUCAAACUGGAGACGGACGCCAGCAUCCUGCUGGAGAAGGCUCGGCGAGCUCUGGACACCUACAGGCACCAGGUGGUGGUGGCCAACGUGCUGGACUCCAGGCGGGGUUACGUGAUGGUGGUGACCCCGACCAGCCAGGACGAGGUGGUGCUCUCCAAAGAGGACGCCAAAAACGAGGUGGAGAUCGAGGAGAGGAUCGUGACUAACUUGACCGCCGCGCACGACCAUUUUAUUACGCAGCAAGCGGGCUAAGCUUUAUUGGCAUCAGUUGGAGUUUGCUAAAAACGGUUAAUCAUGUCCUCAAUCAUUAAAUCUAUGCAUCUUUUGUUUCAA